AUGGUCGGCAGACUCGAAGGCAAGAAUGCCAUUAUCACCGGCGCGGCUGGCGGCAUCGGUCUUGAAACCACAAUCCUCAUGCUUCGUGAAGGCGCCUCAGUCCUGAUGACCGAUAUCAGCGAGGAAGGUCUGAACAAAGCCCUCGCCAAAGUAAACACUGUCGUCCCCGCCUCCUCCCGCACCGGAAAGGUCGAAACGAAAGCCGUCGAUGUCUCCAACGAAUCGCAGGUCGAAGCCGCCGUCGCACACCUUGAUUCCUGGGGCGGUCUCGAUGUCAUCUUCAAUAAUGCUGGAAUCAUGCACCCGAAAGAUGGCGACUCCGAGGAGUGCCCCGAGGAUAUCUGGGACCGUACGAUGAAUAUCAACGUGAAGGGUGUUUGGUUCGGCUCCAAGCAUGCUGUGCGUGCUUUCAGGAAGCAUGGCAAGAAGCGCGCUAGUGUUAUUAACACUGCCUCUAUGGUUGCACUGGUUGGUGCUGCCACGCCGCAGUUGGCAUACACUGCUAGUAAGGGUGCUGUGUUGGCGAUGACGAGGGAGUUGGCGAUUGUGCACGCCCGUGAGGGAUUCAGAUUCAACUCGCUUUGCCCUGCGCCUCUCAACACACCACUUCUGCAGGAUUGGCUUGGUGACGAUAAGGAGAAGCGCUUCCGUCGUGAAGUGCACUUCCCGAGCGGUCGCUUCGGCGAGGCAGUUGAGCAGGCGCAUGCGGUUAUUUUCCUUGCUAGUGAUGAGAGCAGCUUCGUCAAUGCCACUGAUUUCGUUGUGGAUGGUGGCUUGACAAAGGCUUAUGUUACGCCCGAAGGGCCUGCGACGGAGGCACCGAAGAACUUGGCGUCAUAG